AUGAACUUCGGCCGAAGAUAUGGCCUCAUCGGGCAGAACGGUUGCGGGAAGUCUACGUUUUUGCAGUGCCUAGCCGCGAGGGAGGUGCCCAUCCCAGAGCACAUGGACAUCUACCUCCUUGCCGAGGAGGCCCCCCCGACAGAAUUGUCGGCGCUCAACUGGGUCCUCGACGCGGCGCACGCGGAGAUUGCUCGAUUGGAGGCUCUUGCGGAAACGAUCAUCGAGAAGGAAGGGGCGGAGUCGGAGACGGUGCUCGACGUCUACGAAUCGCUCGACGCGUUGGAUCCCUCCACGUUCGAGAGCAGAGCGUCCAGGAUCCUCAUUGGUCUAGGGUUCGAUGCCAAGACUAUCCACAAAAAGACGGAGGACAUGAGCGGAGGAUGGCGCAUGCGCGUGGCGCUGAGCCGCGCGCUGUUCAUCCAGCCGACGAUGCUGCUGCUGGACGAGCCGACGAACCACCUUGACCUCGAGGCGUGCGUGUGGCUGGAGGAGUACCUCUCAAGUUACUCCAAGAUCCUGGUGGUUGUGUCUCACUCUCAGGAUUUCCUCAACGGGGUGUGCACCAACAUCAUCGUCAUGCAGCAGAGGCAGAUGAAGUACUGGGGGGGCAACUACGACACCUACCAGAGGACGAGGGAGGAACAGGACGUUAACCAGGUGAAGCUGUACAAGAAGCAGCAGGCCGAGAUCCAGCACACGAAGCAGUUCAUCGCUUCUUGCGGUACCUUCUCGAACCUGGUCCGGCAGGCCAAGUCGCGCCAGAAGCAGUUGGACAAGAUGGAAGAGGCCGGUCUGCUGACUAUGCCCUACAGCAAGAAGGAGGACUACCUGUUCUCGGGCCUCCACUUCGGUAUCGAUUCUGACUCGCGUAUCGCACUCGUCGGUCCCAACGGAGCAGGGAAGUCCACACUCCUCAAGCUCAUGGUGGGGCAGUUGCAGCCGGUGGAGGGGAACGUGUCGCGCCGAUCAGGGCUCAGCAUCGGGCGAUACCACCAGCACUCAGCCGAGGUGCUGGACCUCGCCAAGUCUCCGGUGGACUACUUGAAGGAUAAGUUCUGCGACAAGUUCCCGGAGCUGAAGUUCGAGCAAUGGAGGAGCAAGGUCGGCUCGUUCGGCGUAACCGGCGACGCACAGCUCAACCCCAUCGAGAACCUCAGUGACGGGUUGCGAACGCGUCUGGUGUUCGCCGAGAUCGCGUUGAUGAGGCCGCACAUCCUGCUGCUCGACGAGCCCACCAACCACGCGUCGAUGGAGAUGAUCGACUCUAUGGCACGCGCCAUCAAGCAGUUCCAGGGAGGUGUCAUCGUCAUCAGUCACGACUUCCGCCUGUUGCAGCAGGUGGCGGAGGAGAUCUGGGUUGUGGACGAGGGACGGGUGGCCCCAUGGGGAGGAGACAUCCUCACUUACAAGACCUCCCUCAAGAAAAAGAAGAAGACGUUGGCCUAGGCCGGCCGAGGAGGCGGCACAGACAGACACACGGACAGACUUGAAAUGGCCGGGAGGGGUGUGCGUCGUCGGCCUACGGGCCGCUCGUCUCGAAGGCAGUCUGUGGUAUGUGGUAUGCCCUGUUCGGCUGUGAGAGGGGUGUACGUUCGUCGGCCUACGGGCUGCACAUUUCGUAGGCAGGCGGUGUCAUGCCUUUGUCGGCUGUGGUGGUGUCUUCAGACAGAACUCUUGUCGCACAACGGUGCUUGUGGUGCUGACGUAGAUCUGGGUCUAGACCUAAGUGCUUCCAGUGUAGGUUGUCUUUUCCAUGACGAAGUACGAGGGAACUGCUGUGUGUGGUGACUUUCUGUCGUGGUGCAGCUGUACAAAUGUGCUGGGUUCGAGUUACUCCAUACGCCAACGUUAUGCUCUGUCGUGUUGCUGCUUCUGCUGCUGCAGCCGCUGCAGGCCAGGUAGGCAAAAAAAAAAGGGGCAGAAAAAGCGAGCCGACGUACCGGUUCAUGGUUGUGUUGCCGGUCGGAUUUCCUUUUUGGCGGUUUCGUGGGGGGAGAACGCCUCCCUCCCACGUCUUCUUUCGCGGUCAGUUUUGUAGGGUCCUUCCGUCCGGAAUCGCCGAGAAAUUGACGCGAUCUAGAGCUACCUCUCUUGAUGUACCGUUUUGCAGUGACAUGCGAUCUAUCUGUGCGUGCUGUCUGCGCGAGCUUUAGUUGCCGCCGCCGUCAUCGUAAUUUUGCAUGUUUUCUCGUGCUGCACGGUACACAGUUCAUUGUGUCACUUUUCAAUUUUUGUUUUUUUUCUUUGUGCCAGUCGUGUCUUCCUAGUGCGCACUGCGGUUUGAGGUUGGCCCUCUUCCUUGCGGUUGAUUAGCGUCAAUCAAUCUGGAAACAAACGUGCUUCAUUUUGGCCCAGUCGUGCGAAAGUAAUGGAUCUGACGUGCUUGGUAUUCCCCCCCGUUGUCUCCUAGAAGGAAAACACCGCCGGGUGUUGGCAGGUGGAACAGAAUGGGUCGUGUUGAAGCAGGCGUGUUCGACACAGCAGGCGGUCUCUCGUGGAGAUCAGCCGGCCGUUUGCACGGUGUAGCACACAUGCAUGCUGCUGUCAGUUGCUGCUGUGGCCUACAAGCGCCACCUUUCGUUUGUGUGGUCGGUUGCCUCUCGUGUGCAUGGUCCCUUGCGCGCUUGCUAACAGCAGCAGCAGCAGACAUUGUCGCAGCAUGGUGCACCUAUGUAUCUGUCCUUUGUUUUGUUGACUUAAUCGUGUGGUGGUGCAUGCAAGUCAUGACAAGAGGCUACAACAAGUCGAUGCUCUGUUUUUUGUGGGGGAACACUUUGGUGUUUUCCACUUGCUACAUUCAUCCAUAUGGUCGUCGUCGUCGACAUGUGUUUUGUGUCUUCUUGCGUUUUGUUUGGAGAGAUUGGGAUGGGGUCAGGGUGGGAAUAGUGUCCACGUUUUUGGCUGACAUGAAGGUCAAGAGGGGAUGGGGUGAUAAUAUACAACACAUGACGUG